UUACACUCUCAACAGGAAUACAAUACAAAGACUGCCUCAUGCCACGCCAUCCACUACUACCAGCCACAUUCGCAUUCGCAUUCGCAUCAACAUCAGCAUCAGCGUAUCAACAACAAUUGCAGCAAUUGCUGCAGCAACAGCAACGGCAGCAGCAACUGUUGCUGCAACAGCUCCAUCGCCAGCCACAAGAAACUGCAGCAACAACAACAGCAGCAGCAGCAGCAACAACAACAGCAGCAGCAGCAGAAGCCGAAACAUCGAUACGGUCACACUGGCCGCAGUCGCUACAGCUACAAAUACGAUGCCGUCGAGGAGUGCUGCCGUCCGAUCUUCCACGAGCAAUACGGCUCCUUCGCGGACAUGUUGUGAGUGGGCAUCAGGAGGUGCGCGGCAAGGCGGAACACACGGUACCUACAGCAGACAAACUACAAAGUGUUAUACUAUACGGAGGAGCGCGAGCAGGAGGAGGGACGCGGAAUGGAGAGAAUGGAGAGGGAGCAGGAGCUGGAGUUGGAGCUGGAGCAGGAGACGGAUACAGAUACGGAUUGAGCAGUUGAAGAUGUUGAAUGUUAGCUGGUUAUAUAGGUAGUUUCUUCAUUUACACACACACACACA